UUCGUAGUUACGGUAGGUCAAUGUGUCCUUCCACACGUGUGUUGCUGUAAUCUUCCAGAAGCAGCAGUAACUGAGAGGGAGCCGGUUGUUGUGUGCUGUCAAACUAAUUUAUUCUGUCUCUACAAGCUUUAAUAUUUUUACACAGUCAUGCUAAAGUCGGUCGUCCGCGCGGUGGGAGCCGCUGUCCGCGUUUCUUCAGCCACCACGUCCACAGCACGAGCUCUGCCGCUCAGCUGCGCGACCCUGCGCUUUCCGAGUUCGGCUACAGCUCGGCCCUUCACCCGGUCUCUGUGGAUGCUCAACAGCAACGGAGCCUCGUCGGGAUACAGGCCGAAACUGUUUACUUCAAAAGGGCUUCAUCCCUCGGUAUCAUGUGGAUGUGGAGGACUGCACACAGAAGGUGACAAAGCAUUUGGUGAUUUCCUGACUGAUGAAAUAAAAGAAGAGAAGAAGAUCCAGAAAAACAAAACUCUGCCUAAGAUGUCUGGAGGGUGGGAGCUGGAGUUGAAUGGCACAGAGGCUAAACUCUCAAGAAAUGUUUCUGGAGAAAAAAUCUCUGUCACAUUCAACAUCAACAACAGCAUCCCUCCCAACUUUGAGGAAGAGAUGGAACAAGGACAGCAGAAGUCAGCAGAAGAAGAGCCAGAAAUUGUGUCAACGCCCAACUUUGUUGUUGAAGUAACAAAACAAGCUGCAAAACAUUCCCUGGUGUUUGACUGCCAUUUUCCUGAGGAUGAGAUGAGUCAUGGUGAAGGAGAAGAGGAGAGCGACAUCUUUGCCAUUCGUGAGGUCAGUUUCCAGCCUGAGGGAGAUUCAGACUGGAAGGAGACCAGCUAUACACUCAACACAGACUCUCUAGACUGGGCCUUGUACGACCACCUGAUGGACUUCCUGGCCGACCGCGGGAUCGACAACACCUUUGCUGAUGAACUGAUGGAGCUGAGCACUGCCGUUGAGCAUCAGGAGUACAUCAAAUUCCUGGAAGACCUCCAAGGUUUUGUCAAAUGUAACUAAUGUUAGAUAUAAGUUAAAUUUCACUCUUCUUCCACACACAUUCUGGCAAAGUUGGACAUAUGAUGAUACAGUAAGACAAAGACAAAAGUUGCAGCACUGAAUGAUUGAUCUAAAGAGACUGAUGACAGUGUCUGUGACAGUGAGCCUUGUUGCCAGCAACUGUCACAUAAAGACUUGGCUGCAUAUGUGUUUUCUUUGUUAAAAUCCAUUGUUCUGUAACUUAAAUUAGAUUGUUUAAAGUAAAUAUAUGAAGGCCAUAAAUAAUGCAGGUCGUAACAAUGUGCAGAAACCCUCAUUAUAAGGAAUGCCUCUCAAUUUUACAGCUCCUGUCUUAACUGCAGUGGUUCAGUAUGGUUCAGUUAGUAUUUAUGAAUGUUUAAUUUCCCUCAAGCCAACAAAGGGUGACUUUGUCAAGAUGUGAAAUCAAAACCAGAACACCAAAGAGGAAACAGUUCACGAAAUCAGUCCUCACUUCAGUGUAUGUGACAGCUUCUGGCAAUCUUGCUUUGAGUCUUGCUUCUAGCUGGCUUGUUAAGGGAGUUCAUUUUGACUAAUACUGAUUUGACUGUCAGACCGUAACACAUGAGAUCUAAAUUUGAAUGGCAUAUAUCAGUGUGUGUUGAGAGAAUGGAAGGUUUGUGUCCAUUAAAACAGUUUGAUAUAAA